AUGGGCGGAAGCGGAUUUCCACUGGACCACGUCCUCUCGGACAACGUGGACGAGUUCACGUGCAAAAUAUGCUCCGAGUUUUGCGAACAACCCGUCGUGACCUUGUGCGAGAACAAACACAUCUUUUGCCUCGCGUGUUUGGACGAAUGGUUUCGAAACGGAGAUAGGAAAUGUCCGACGUGCCAAGAACAAAUGAAGUACGGGACGGACGCGAGGUACGAAACCUUGAAAGAACACUCGCCGGUUUUAUCUCGCGUGUACGAGAAAGUGCGCGUGCGGUGUCCGAUGGACGACGCGUGCGAUUGGAUCGGUUCGUGUUCGGAGAUUACGAGACACAUGACAUCCACCGAUGCGCAUAAGAAGAAGACGACGAGUAAGACGAGUAAGACGAGUAAGACGACGACAAAAACGACGACGAGAGGUAAUAGCGACGCAAAAAAAGAGGAGAACGACGAUACCGCCGAUGGUUUACAGAAACAAGCGUUGAAUAAAUUCGAGGCGAAGCAAUACCGCGAUGCCGUGCAACUGUGCUCGAAGUGUUUAUCGAUAGAUAAAGACUCGGCGAAAGCGUUACACUUGAGAGGCAGAUGUUGGUCGCAACUGGGAGCGUUCCACGAGGCGAUUAAAGAUUUUAAGGAAUGUCAAGCGGUGGCGGAAGAUGAGGAGAAUAACGAGUACGCGAUCACGUGCGCCCAAUCGUUGAUGGGUAUGUACAGAAAGACGGGCGAUUACGAAGCGUCCGUACUCGCCGGCGAGGAAAUCUUAAAGAGAGGAUUGAAGAUCGAGGACGAAACGCUCGAGGAAGAAGUCGCACGAAUCGAAACGCUCGAGGAAGAAGUCGAACGAAUGCGGUAUGUGCUGCGGACAUUUCAAAGCGCCGAGGAAGACGAGCGAGAGAAACGAUACGCGCAAGCGGUUGAGAGAUACGCGCACUUAUUGGAAUUAGAUUGCGGGGAAAGGUGCGAAAUCGCCCGCGCGAGAUGUUUGCUCUCGCUCGGAGAAAAUUUGACGCAAAUCUUAAAAUUUACGUUAGAUGCGAUUCGCAGAGAUGAUUCGAGAGUAGAUAUGCACGCGUUGAGAGGUAGAGCGUUGUGUUUGACUGCCGAUGGCGAUUUUGAAAACGGAAUUAAGUUUUUCAAACACGCGUUGACCCAAAAUCCAGACGAUACCAAAACCAUGCGUCUGUUCAAAGACGCGAAGAAGAUAAAAGUGUCGUUGGAAAACGCGCGAGCGGCGCAUCAAAACAGAGAAUUUGCGCAAGCGGUCGAGUCCUUCACCGAAGCGCUCGAGUCCACGGAAUUUAUUCCAGAAAAGAGUCCCGUAUGCGCUCGAAUACUCGUGGAAAGAGCCAAUUCGUAUUUACGAUUGAACGAAGCCGAGAAGUGCGCGGCUGACGCACGAAAGGCUUUAUCCGCCGUAGACGAUUAUAAACCCGCUUAUUUCACGCUCUCGAACGCGUACUUAAAACUCAAAGAGCCGAAAAAAGCAAAAGAUGUGCUCGAGAAUUUGCAGAAAAUUCUUCCAGACGACGCGGAAACAAAGGCUCGAAUAGAAAAAUGCAACUUUGAGGUGCGCAAGCUGAAUCGAUGCGAUUAUUACGCUCUGUUAGGCGUGACGUCUUUAGCGUCUCCGAUUGAAGUGAAACAGGCGUAUAAGAAAAAAGCGAUGGAGUAUCACCCGGAUCGUAUUCCAAUCGACGCCACGGACGAAGAGAAGAGUAAAGCGGAAACAAAUUUUAAGCUUUUAGGUGAAGCGUUGGAGAUAUUAGAAGACGAAUUAAGCAAGAGAUUAUACGAUGAAGGGUACGAUAAAGAAGCGAUUCAGGAGAGAGUGGAAGCCGCCAAGAGAUCCGCGUUUAACCGACAACACUCUCACCACGGUGGAUGCGGAUCGCACCAUCAUUAA